AUGUUGUUGGGCAAAAGGAGAAAAUUGUCCAUCAGGGCAUUUCAAGUACCACCAAUAAAGAGAAUUUUGAGUGCAAGAUUUGAUUUUGAGAGGUCAGAGGAAGUUAAGGAAGAGAAAAAUGGGAACUUUUUACUUGAUCUGCCUGAUUUGCCCCUGGACUGCAUUCUUGAGAAGCUCUCACCUGUAGAUUUGUUUAACUUAGUGAGGGUUUGCAGUUGUUUGAGAGAAAAAUGCACAAGUGAUCAUUUAUGGGAAAAUCACAUGAAAAGAAAAUGGGGUGGAGUUAUUGGUGAUGAUGCUUACAGAGAAUGGCAAUGCCAAAUGGCCUCAAAAAGGGCUCCUAAGUUCUUGCAUUGUAAAGCACAAAGAGGGCUCCGGCUAUUUUCUCGAUUUUUCGACUUUUUCGGGUUCAAAUCGGAGAGUAAAAAAGUAGAGAAAAUUGGUUUAACAAGCUAUUUGCCAGAAAAUUCAGUCAUGUCCUUCUAUCUGGCUCUUGAGACCGGAAAAUUUUGGUUCCCGGCUCAGGUUUUUAACCGGGAGAAAGGGCAUUUGGGAUUUGUGCUCUCUUGUUAUGAUGCUCGACUGAGCUAUGAUUCGACAACCGACAAUUUCGUUGCUCGGUACAGAGCACAAGGGAGGAGUAUAAUCGAGGAUGGGAUCGAAUGGAAUCAAAUACGAGCACCGGCUAUUAAUGCUCCUGCAAAUGCUGUUUAUAUUUCCAAGUGCUUAGAUGAGCUUAAACCUGGUGACCACAUUGAGAUUCAGUGGAGAAAAAACAAGGAAUUCCCAUAUGGUUGGUGGUAUGGGGUUGUUGGACACCUGGAAUCAUGCUUUUCCAAUCAAUUUAAUUGCCAGUGUCACAUCAAUGAUAAUGUGAUCUUGGAGUUCAAACAAUACAGCACGGAUUCAAGAUGGAGGAAAGUUGUGGUGAGCCGAAAGGACCAUAGAGAAACCGGCAACGAAACGGAUGGUUUCUAUGGUGGGAUUAGAAAACUCCACAAGAAAGAAGAGAUUGCAAAAUGGAAAGAGCUAUGGCCAAAAUAUAAUGUGAUCUUGGAGUUCAAACAAUACAGCACGGAUUCAAGAUGGAGGAAAGCUGUGGUGAGCCGAAAGGACCAUAGAGAAACCGGCAACGAAACGGAUGGUUUCUAUGGUGGGAUUAGAAAGCUCCACAAGAAAGAAGAGAUUGCAAAAUGGGAAGAGCUAUGGCCAAAAUGUACUUUGGAAUAG